UUCAUUGUUUUGUACAGUAUGAGCGCAAUAUCUUACGAAGACUUUUUCAAUGCUGCUGAACAGUUUUUAAAGAUUUCUCAAAAGAUAAACGACGGAUGGCAACUGUUGCAACUACAAGAAGAUAAAAGUAAGAUAUACCUCAAGAAAGAGAGCUUUAAAGUUUGUGAAGGAACAGGUGAAUCUCUUUUAAAAACUGAAUAUGUAAUAUUUUAUAACCCUAGUUAUGGGGUACCAUCAUUCAGUUUCAAUGUGUGGAACUCAACAGGAGCCCUACUGACUUUGGAGAAAAUUAGACAAAUGUCUUUUAUCAGUAUCAGUGAAAAGGACUUUUACUCUGUUAUAACUCAACAGGAGCACCCAAUAUUCUUCCGUCCAUAUUUUAUGGUGCAUCCUUGCCACACUGAAGAACUGCUCAUGGUGUUCAAGAACAAAUCAAGGAACAUAAUUGUGACAUUUCUUGGAUUAAUAACUCCAUUGAUAAAAUUAGAUUUGCCAGUAGAAUAUGGCUUGUGACCGUAUUUUUA